CACUCUCUGAGUGUCACAUGUUACGGUCACGUGACCCGUCAUCACCGUCCCAAACACUUCAACAUGGCGGCCGCAGCGUCCGUGUUCCACAGGCUGAGAGCUGGCUCGAAGAUCGGCGCCCAGUACGACCAGGAAGGAAACCUGAUCCAGGUGGAAACCCGUGAGGAUGAGGAGCAGAGCGUCAAGCUGGCAGAGAUCCUGGAGCUGCUGCUGGCUGCUGGAUACUUCAGAGCUCGGAUCAAAGGACUGUCACCGUUUGAUAAGGUGGUCGGUGGGAUGACCUGGUGCAUCACCACGUGUAACUUUGACAUCGACGUGGAUCUUCUCUUCCAAGAAAACUCGACCAUCGGACAGAAGAUAGCUCUGACGGAGAAAAUCGUGUCGGUGCUGCCGAAGAUGAAGUGUCCUCAUCGCCUGGAGCCGCAUCAGAUCCAAGGACUGGACUUCAUCCACAUCUUCCCCGUCAUACAGUGGCUGGUGAAGCGAGCCAUCGAGACCAGAGAAGAAAUGGGCGACUACGUGAGAGCUUACUCCAUCUCUCAGUUCAACAAGACCCACAGCCUGCCCGAGGAUGAAGACUUCCUCCACAGGAAAGACAAAGCUGUGCGCGCCGUCCUGGACGUGUUGGAAGUGUACAAACCUCAGAGGAAGUACAGGAGACAGAGGGACGCAGGCGAGCUGCUGGACGAGGAGUCCAGAGUUCAUUCCACGCUGCUGGAGUACGGCAGAGUGUCAGAUUUCCUCCUGCGAUAUGGAUUCAGCAAACAGUCCAAACAAGACAAGGUGGACGACAAGAAGGCUUCUCAGGCCGUGCCUCCUGGGAUGGCGGAGGUGUCGGAGGAAGACCUGCAGGCAGCGGAGGAGAUGAGGAUCAAAACUCUGAUGACCAGCAUGGCUGCCAUGGUGAACGAGGAGGGGAAGCUGACGGCGAGUGCGGUGGGUCAGAUCGUCGGACUCCAGUCCGAGGAGAUCAAACAGAUCGCAUCGGAGUACGCUGAGAAGCAGUCCGAGCUGACGUCUGAGGAACGUUCAGAGCGAUACGGCCCGCUGCAGCAACACCGCAGAGCGGUGACAUCACUGAACAAACAGAUCCAGCAGAAGACGAAACAACUGGAGGAGCUCCAAGCCAAACAUGCCGAGGUGAAGAAAGGCUGUGACGAGGCCAAGAGCAGUCUGCUGGAGGCGGUGGAGUGCGCCGAGAAACUGGACAAGGAGCUGAAGUCUUUGGAGGAGCUGGAGGAGCAGGCGGACAGCAGCGUGCUGGAGAAGAUGAGGGCUCUGGUGACCAUGAACGAGAACCUGAAGCAGCAGGAGCAGGACUUCAGGACGCACUGCAGAGAAGAGAUGGUCCGUCUGCAGCAGAACAUCGAGGAGCUGAAGACGGCGUCGGGACCGGACGCAGAGGAGGAGGAGAGGAACCAGCUGAUAGACAAGCAGUACAACACAGACAGAGAGAAGCUGCAGAAGAUCCGCCUGCUCAUGGCUCGGAGGAACCGUGAGAUCGCCAUCCUGCAGAGGAAGAUCGACGAGGUGCCGAGCCGGGCCGAGCUGACCCAGUACCAGAAGAGGUUUAUCGAGCUCUACAGCCAAGUUUCGGCGACGCACAAAGAGACGAAGCAGUUCUUCACGCUGUACAACACGUUAGACGACAAGAAGGUUUACCUGGAGAAGGAGGUGAAUCUGCUGAACUCCAUUCACGAUAACUUCCAGCAGGCGAUGUCGUCGUCAGCAGCCAAGGAUCAGUUCCUCAGACAGAUGGAGCAGAUCGUGGAGGGAAUCAAACAGAACCGCAUCAAGAUGGAGAAGAAGAAGCAGGAGAACAAGAUGAGGAGAGAUCAGCUGAACGACGAGUACCUGGAGCUGCUCGACAAACAGAGGCUUUACUUCAAGACCGUCAAAGACUUCAAAGAGGAGUGUCGGAAGAACGAGAUGCUGCUGUCCAAGCUGAGAGCUAAAGGAGCCUCUUAGCUCAGCUGAUAUGUACGUCUGCACGAGCUCAGCUGAUCACAUGAACUGAAACCACCUUCUUCUUCUUCUUCUUCUUCUUCUUCUUCUUCUUCUUCUUCUUCUUCUUCUUCUUCUUCUGUUUCUGUAAAUGUUGUAGCACUUUUCAAAGUGCCAAAUCCAGCCGACUGAAACAAACUUCUGAAUCACGACAAAUCUAACGUAGACGAACGCUCUUCAUGUUGAGGCUGAUAAGUGCCUGAACAUGCAGAGUGUGUGUGUGCUGAUGUUAUGUUAACGUUUGUUAUGGUUCUUUAAACGUUGCUGUCUGUAAUGAAGUGUCGGUCCGAGUUUAACGAGUAAAACGAGCUGACGUGCCUCUGAGCUGUUCCUCAUGUCAGAUAGUGAAGUGUUCGGGCAGACACCGUGUGCUGAUGGAGGACGGCGUCUUAUCACAAGUCACAUGAUGAGUCUGUGAAGGAAACAUCCUGUGAGGGUUAAACAAACGUCUGAGGUUCCCACCGGGCCUCAUGGGAAAUCCUGCGAGUCGGAGAUCUGUAAAAAACAAACAAAACAGAAGAAGAUGUCAGGAUUCGACUCACAAUCUGUCCAACACUCAACACAGUGUGUCCUCAGAGCCUCGAUUAAAAACUCCAAGUAACCUUUCAAAGACAGAAAAAUAGAAGAACCAGAACAAAGAAAACUUCUGAUACGGAAAGAUUCUAAAAUAUGUGAAGAUCUGUCUGAUCCGAAUAAACCUGAAAUAAACGUGUUGAGGUGAUUCUUCAACAGACUUCUU